AUGACCAUCACGUACACCGACCAGGUCGCCACGUGCCGUGGUCUGGGAUGUUUUUGGAAAUUACUUUUUCGUUGGAAAGGCAGCAUUUACAAACUGCUAUGGCCCAAUCUGAUAUUGUUCACGAUAUGUUAUUUUUCGUUAAGUUUUACAUACAGAAUAGUGCUGACAAAAUCGCAGAGAGAUCUAUUCGAAAAAAUAUCGCUGCACUGUCAGAUGUACACCAAUCUAAUACCCGUGUCGUUUGUAUUGGGAUUUUACGUUGCAGUUGUCGUUGGGCGAUGGUGGAAUCAGUACUUAAGCAUACCUUAUCCGGAUUCGCUGGCUUUGUACGUCAGUACGUUAAUCAUUGGGCAAAACGAUCGCUCUCGGCUAAUAAGAAGGACAAUAAUGAGAUAUGCCAACCUGUCUAUACUUAUGACGUUGACGAUGAUAUGUCCGACUGUAAAAAAGAGAUUCCCGACAAUGGAUCAUUUGGUAGAGUCGGGUUUCUUAAUGGAAGACGAAAAGGCUCUACUCGAGUCAAUGAACAGCAAAACUAGUCACCCGAAUUAUUGGAUGCCACUAGUGUGGGCCGCUACAAUCGUGUCACAAGCCAAAAACGAGGGAUAUAUCACAAAUGAACAUUCAAUAAUAACAUUAGUUGAUGAGAUAAACAAGAUAAAAUCAAACUGUGGCAGCCUGCUAAGCUACGAUUGGAUUAGUGUGCCACUAGUUUACACGCAAGUAACGACAUUAGCCGUGUAUGUUUACUUUGUUGGUUCAUUAAUGGGAAAUCAGUAUUUGGAUCCACGCAAAGGGUAUCCGACACAUCCAAUUGAUUUGGUCGUUCCAAUAUUCACGUUCUUGCAAUUUUUCUUCUACAUGGGCUGGUUAAUGGUAGCGGAAACUUUGGUGAACCCGUUUGGCGAAGACGACGACGACUUUGAUGUGAACUGGCUGGUCGAUAGAAACUUACAGGUAUCGUAUGUAAUUGUAGACGAAAUGCAUCAAGAGUAUCCGAAGAUGAUAAAAGAUCAAUAUUGGAACGAAAUAUUCCCAUCGGAAUUGCCGUAUACAGACGAAACUAAACACCUUCAGACAACUCCGUUUCUAGGGUCAGCUCAGGCCAUUGUAGCACGAACAAAUUACAAUGAAAAAAAACCUAUAGUUAUCAGCUACGACAAAAAAAUGAUUAAUGUACAAGAAACAGAACAUAAACCAAAAAUCUUAACCGAAGUAUCCAACACGAUGACUGCGAUGGCAAAGGAAUAUCAUAAAAACGCUUACAUCCGUGAUGAUUAUUACAAUCAUUUUUCAGACAUAGAAGAAAUCAACAAGGAAAAACAUGUAAAUGAUUUUGGAGAAUCGUUAGUUUCAUUGACGGAUUACAGUCGUUCACAACUAUUACCGAGCACGUCUACUCAAACUCAAUAUAUCUCGAGGUCUAAGUCAUAUUCAGCGAGCAGUUGCAGUGGUAGUGGUGAUGACAGUGAUCGGGAACAUAAAAUAUAA